CUUUAAGUUUUUUAAAGACAACCCUGUCUCCACAAUUUGACAAAUAAAACAUCUAACUGUCGUUCAUCAAAAUUUAAGUCAAACAUUUCAUAAUAAAAAAUCCUUCUUUUUAACAAAGAAUACCUUUGGGUCUAAUGCAAAAAAUUGAAAAACCAUCCAAUUUUAAUGGCCUUAGACAACCUAUGUCAUAUUUACCACUCAAAGUAAUUCGUAAUCUCGAUCCAAAAGAAAAGGAAGAUCUAAUUAGAGAUUGGAAAAUAUUUCAAGAUGAACGUAAAAAUCAGAAAAAACUCCACGAAGAAGCUGCACAAAGGAAUAUGGAAAAAAAGAGAUUACGAACACUGAAAAGACAAGAAAAAUCUAUGUUAAAGUGGAUCGAGAUGAAAGAAAGGGAAAUGAGUAGGAAAAAACUACAACAAGAGGUAAAGGAACGACGAAAGUACAAGACAUUUACCAUAAUAAAUCAAAGAUAUGAAGACUGGAAAUAUUGAAUAACCCCAAAUAUUGGAAUGACG